AUGGCUAACCGGCGCCGCAAUCAGCUACCCCGAAACGAGACUUCUCAAUCUCCGGCAGCUGGCGGCUACCCAGUUUACCAUGGUAUCCGAUUGCGAGCUGGGAAAUGGGUUUCUGAAAUUCGUGAACCAAACAAGUCCAGUCGCAUAUGGCUUGGAUCCUAUCCAACACCGGAGAUGGCAGCCGCUGCUUACGACGUGGCUGCAUUGGCACUUAAAGCAGCAAGAGCAGCUGCUGCUCAAUCACCGGUGUAUGAAAGUUUUGGCGGAAGCAUGACGGACGUGGGUGGUAGAGUUGCAGCCCCUCCUGGUGUAUACAUGGACGAUGAAGCAGUGUUUGGGAUGCCGAAUCUGUUACUGGAAAUGGCGGAGGGAAUGCUCGUAAGUCCCCCAAGGAUGGAUUCUAGUCCGCCGGACGAUGGGACACAUUAUUAUGGCGGAGGCAAUCUGUGGAACUACUAA